AUGGUAGUUAAAAUCAACAUCCAAGAAAUUAACAAUCAUCAUCUUUUUGAAACGUUCAACACUAUAAAACAAUCUAAAAAAUGCGUAGUAAUUACGGGCGCAGGAAUAUCAUGUUCUGGUGGAGUUCCGGACUUUAGAUCUGCUGGUGGAAUAUAUGAUAUGAUUAAACAAAGGUUCCCAGGUUCCUUCCGAACUGGGAAGGACCUGUUUGAUACUACGAUGUUAAAGGACCAUAAAUCAAUAGGAGCCUUUAACAUGUUUAUGGGAAUUUUAAAAGAACGCAUCAACAAUGCCAGACCAACUCCCACUCACCAUUUCUUAAAAAAACUAGACGACAAGAAGAAGUUGGUAAGAGUAUACACACAGAACAUAGACAAUCUAGAAGAAGUAGCUGGACUGGCCACUGAUUCAAUCGUAAUCAAACCAUCAAACUGUACAACCAAGGCUAUCCAACUACAUGGAACCAUGAAAUUUCUCAAAUGUUCUGCAUGUUCCGAGGUAUAUGAGUUUAGUAAAUCUCACUGUGAAAGAUUUAAAGAAGGCGAAUCUCCAUCUUGUCCACGAUGCGAACAAAGUGAACAGAAAAGAAGAAGUGCUGGUAAGAGGUCACACAAAAUUGGAAUUCUCAAACCUAAUAUUGUUUUAUAUGGAGAUAAUCACUCACAAGAACUUCAGAUUGGAAAAGUUGCACUAAAGGAUUCGAAUAAAGCAGAUUGUAUGAUAAUUAUGGGUACAUCUUUACAAAUACCUGGUAUAAAGGAUCUAAUUAGACAAUUCGCUGUAAAUAUUCAUAAAAAAGGCGGUAAAAUAAUUGUGGUCAAUCUAACCGACAUUGUCAAAACAAAAGAAAUGUUUGAUAUGGUAGAUUACUUUGUACAAGGUACAACCGACGAAUGGGUCAGCAUGUUAGAGGAAGAAUUAAACGAACCAAAAGCUGUUAAUAAUAAAAGGAAAUUACGAGAAAUUGAAAACAUAAAUAUUAUUGAUUUCACCAAAUCCAAACAACAAAAGACUGCUGACUCUAACGAUAAUACUGAUAUAAAAAGGAAGACCAGUCAAACUUUGUCAGCUUCGUCAAUUCGUCAAAUCCACGAACUACAACCAGAAGAUAUUGAAGAUAAUCUUAUCAAUGAUAAUAAAUUAUCAGGAUUAUCACUAGUAGCUGAUCAAUUAAAAAAGUUGAAAGAUGAUGACGAAGUUAAUUUUCAAGAAAGGGCUGUGGUGAUGGAAGCAGCUCCAACUCCAAAAUUAGAUGAUAAUAAACUCAAUGAAGGGAAAUCUGGCGAUAUUGAUGUUUUUUCGCCAUAUGGUACUAUUAGUAAAUCUGAUCAAUUGUACAUAUCAUGGAACACUACAAAUGCCAAAGUUAAAAAUCCUUCGAAAGAUACGGUUAUUAUAACUAUUUGGUUAAAGGGCAUUUCAUCUGAUUUAAUGAUCCAAACUCAUAAAUGGUAUACUGGAAGUAUAGAAUUUGUACCGAUUACAGCAAUCGCACCAGAUGGUAAAACUAAAUAUUAUGCUAAAUUAGUUUUAGUACAAAUGUCAGUUGGUGGUGGUAUACUUCAAGGCACGUCACCUUAUUUCACUUUCUCAUCUGAGCAUCACUCAACAACAGAAUCAUCACCGUCAAUCACUGAUCAUAUUAUAAAUCUUGCAGAAAUUACAGCAGAAAUUUCAGAGACUCCUACAACUACUUCAACUAUUAGUAGUAAAUAA